AUGGCGCCGACUAAGGGCCCCGCCGCUGGCAAGGCCUCGAACAAGAGCGACGGAAAGAAGAGCAAGCCCCUCUCGUCCGCAUCGAAAGUGAACAAGAAAGGCGCCAAGCGCCCGCCGCCCAAGGAAGUCAAGGCGAAGGCGCGCACGGAGUCUAGUCUGUUGAAGAAGACGAAGAAGAGAGAAUAUACCGAGGAGGAACUGGGACUGCCUAAGCUGAAUGCGAUCACCCCCGUUGGCGUGGUGAAGCCCAAGGGCAAGAAGAAGGGCAAGACUUUCGUUGACGAUGCGGAGGGAAUGAUGACCAUCCUCGCCAUGGUCAACGCCGAGAAGGAAGGACAGAUCGAAUCCAAGAUGAUGAAGGCUCGUCAGUUGGAGGAGAUCCGUGAGGCUAAGAGAAAGGAGGCAGAGGCUAGACAGGCGCAGAAGAAGUCUAAGCUGGAGGAAGCGAAGCAGUCCAUUCGCCAAAAACGCAAGCACAAGGGUGGCUCCAGCGAGACAAAUGAAGCGCCCAGCAGGGAGUCGUCUUCAAAGUCAAAAGGAAAGAAGAAGAGUGUUGCAUUUGCUUGA